CGAUACCAGCGGGCUGGAAAGCCGCUUCCUAGUCUACUUUGGCACCCUCCGCCCGUGGUGCCCGUACAUAACUGACCCUCUGCCGCUGCUGGCUCGCCCCCGCCCAUAAUCGCUGAAGUUCGCUGGACGGCCGUCGACGGUACCGUUCUGUUGUUGCGACAAGCUGACUGCCCUUCUCGAGGUGGAAUCUUUGUUGUUGGAGGAGCUCGUAUUGGACCAGCGCCCAAACCCACACUCUCGGUCGUUCCGAGGCUACGUUCGCUGUCUCAGACCCAAGGACCGGUCUCCAGGAAUUCUGUCAAUGCAUGCUGACCACCAAACCAACACAUCGUGUUCAUGAAUUUGGAUCCGUCUGCUUCGCCAAUCACGUCGCAUAGUUGCUUGAUCGUUGACUGCACUGGAGACCUUUUGCAACCAUGUCGACGCCGCCAGCCGCUGGACCGCACGAUGGGCAGCACCGUAAGAGCCUGGGUAAAUAUGUGAAGCGUAUGAGCAGCGUCUUCAAGAGGGAGAGGUCGAGCAAGAGUGUGCCGCAGCCAUCGAGUGCUGCUGCUGCGCCUGUUGCGCCUGAGCUUGGACAGCAACAACCCCAAGUUGAGGUUCCGCGGGAAGAGGUCGCCACGGAAGAUGUUGCGACUCAGGAAGUUGCGCAAGAGCCCGCCAAGGCUGCGUCGAUCAGACACGAACAACCCACAGAGGAGCCUGCCGCUGCUCCUGCUGCUGCCCAUGACCUCACUCCCACCACCAGCGUCCAAGCUCCCGCACCCGCUCCCAUCGAGUUCACUCCAGUCCUCGACCGCAACGCCAUGCAGCAGGAGCGUGCCCGCGCACUCUUCGCCAAAUAUGGACUGACUCUCGAGUCCCAUGAGUGGUUUUCUGCAUCUGCUCCUGCUCCAUUGGUGCCUCGCGUCGAGAAGGCCAUCCGUAUGCGCGUGCACCGAAGCUGCCACCGCUGCGGUACCCUCUAUGGGCAUGAGAAGAUGUGCGUGCAGUGCGAGCACAAGCGCUGCAAGAAGUGCCCCAGAUACCCCAAGAAGAAGACGCCCGGCGAGAAGGGCAAGGAGAAAGAGGUUGUUGAGCAGCCCAAGAAGAAGAAGGUCUUGACUGUCACCACCAGGUCUGGCAACGAGCUUGCAUAUCAGCCUGCGACGCAGCGAAUCAGGCGCACCUGCCAUAAGUGCGAGGCCUUGUUCGUUCCUCCCAUGGCCACCACCUGUGGGUCAUGCAACCACGUUAGAUGCACAAAGUGCCCACGAGAGCCUGCCAAACGCAACAAGUGGCCCACUGGCUACCCUGGAGAUGCCGAGGCUGAAAGCGACGACGAGUUGGAACAGCAGAAGCAGCUGGAUCAGUUUCGCCGUAUCUGGAAGAAGCCGAGGCGCAUAGUACGCUGGGAGUGCGAGCAGUGUCACAGCUUGUUCCGGCAAGGCUCACCCCAGUGUCCCGGGUGUGGACAUGAGCGUUGUGAUCGUUGUAAUCGGUCUCCGUGUCAAAAAGCCCAGACACGAAGAGUCAUUCGAUCCUGCUGUUGUUGCUGCUGUUGAAGCCAAGCUCAGAGCUCUGCAUGUCGACGAUGACCCUCUCACCUCUGAACCUGAGCAUGUUUGAUUUGUUGUUUCCGCAAACCUUACGACUUGUUGUUGAUAACUUUCUGCUGUGGAUAGAUGAACCGUCGAGCUUGCGACGUCGCCCAAGCGGCAUCAUCCCAUUCAUCUUACAAUGAACUAUUCUUACGCUGCUGCCAUGCAGCAGUCCUCUCCGAG